AUAACUUAAAAUGUUAUAAUCAUAAAUGACAUGGAAAAUUGUAAAACUUUCUUUGUUUUACUUGGCAAAAACUUUCUCGACAACGGCCAUAAUAUAAGUUAGUAGUUUACGUUUUAAAAAUCUGUAUGUACCAUUAUUCAAUUUGCUACCUUCAUCAAAGUCCAAGGCCAAGAAUUGUUUGUUUGAGCCUGAACAGAAAGGGGCCUGUUAACCGACUUGUUUACAGGCAGCAGGCCGGCUCAAACAGAUGCUAGCCCGAACCCAUGGCCCAAAACGCGGCCCUUCUCCCUCCGGGUCUCCAUCUUUGCCCACCCUGUAGUAUAAAAUCAGACUAGGGUUUGGCAAAGCAGAGACUUCAUUGUUUUCCUUCCUUCGGCAGCCGCAAGAAGAAGAUUGAAGGUAAAACCCUAAUCCUCCUCCCCUGUCGCUUGAUCGUUCAGUUUGUUCUCCGGAUCCUGACUCUGCAGGCUGUGUUAUUUUCUUUCUCCGGUAGGAAAUGGCUCCCGCUGCGAAGAGUGGAUUGGCCGUCGGUCUGAACAAGGGCCACAUCGUUACCAAACGCGAUUUGCCGCCCCGUCCAUCCGACAGAAAAGGGAAAACCAGCAAGAGGGUUCAUUUGGUGAGGAACCUUAUCAGGGAGGUCGCUGGAUUUGCUCCUUACGAGAAGAGGAUCACUGAACUUUUGAAGGUCGGCAAGGACAAGAGAGCGUUGAAGCUGGCCAAGAGAAAGCUCGGAACCCACAAGAGGGCCAAGAAGAAGAGAGAGGAGAUGUCCACCGCACUCCGCAAGAUGAGGUCUGGAGGAGCAGGCGAGAAGAAGAAGUGAACAGUUGGAUGAGCCUGGUGCGGUUUUGUCUGUGUUUUGCUCUUUAAAUUUUGAAAAUGUUGUUCUAAUGAAGAAUAGUUUUAGUUAUAUGGUUUUGAUAGCCGACAGUAGAACAAUGUAAUGCAAUGUCAGUCGGUAUUUGGAGACCAUGGGGAUUCUUGUUCUGCCGGACGGAUGAAUGAAUGUUGCUUUUUAUG